UCUUCCAUACUAUCUCCCAUUGCUUUGUUUGCAUCUGUUUCCUCCUGCAUAAUGUAUACAUUUUAUUUCACAAUUUAUUUAGAAUUAACCUGAUGUGAAGAUCAAGAAUUAACAAACAGAUUCACUUCUUUUCGGCCACAAUUGCCUGUAUACCGUGUAUACACCCAGUUACCUUAACCUUUUUGGCCCUUUCUUACUCUCUCAUGGCACCUGCUGGUCAGGGUCUAACCUGGUCGGACGUACUUUGUUGUGUGGUAUGUAACCAGCUAUUCGAUCAUCAUCGAGCCCCAGUAAAUCUUAUUUGUGGGCACGUGGUUUGUACUCGAUGUAUACCACAGUUGUAUGAUAAUUCAUGCCCAGAAGACCAGUGUGAGGCUAGCUUUCCUGUGUCGACUUAUCCGAUCAAUGCAGCUCUCCUCUCAAUCGUGACAGAUGAGGUUGAUGAAUAUCUACCACUCUGGAAGGUAGAGGAUGUUUCAAAGGACAUAUUGUCAUCUAUAGAGAAUGCAUUAGUUUCGAUGGCUCAGUAUCUUCAUCGCGCUGAAUCGGAGAGGGGUGGUACAGUAUUUAGCGAGAUCUUGUCACGCACUAUGCAACGAAAGCUAGUCUCUUUGCUUUGUUUCCAACUUGUCGAAGAAGAAGGUCGUUCUCGCGCACUCAAAACUUCUCGAGCAAUCGCUGAAAGGAUUAUGACGGAGUUAUUACUAAGCCAACAAAACUCCGGUAGUCUUAGCACACAUCUCUGGACUGCUGUUCGAGCUCGCGGCUGUCAAUUUCUUGGUCCAGCGAUGCAAGAGGAUGUACUCAAACUGAUUCUUCUUGCUCUUGACAAGGGUGCUCUCAUAGCUCGCAAGACUCUAGUGAUGUAUGUGGUGCAGAUGCUAUCAGAGGAUUACCCUCAGGUAUCAAAAACCUGUGUUGGCCACGUCGUGCAACUUCUCUAUCGCGCAUCUUGCUUCAACGUUAUGAAGCGCGAUGGCGAGUCAUCACUAAUGCAGUUGAAGGACGAAUUUCGAAGUUAUGAGUCUUUGAGAAGGGAACACGAUGCUCAGAUUGUUCAGAUGGCAGUUGAAUGUGGCCUUAGAAUUAGCCCUGAUCAGUGGAGUGCCUUGCUCUAUGGAGAUCAAGCUCAUCGUUCACAUAUGCAGUCUAUCAUAGAUCGUCUACAAACUCCUCAUUCAUACAUGCAAGGAGUUGAUGAGCUUGCUGCUGUAGCGAGUGGGUCAGAUUCCAGUUCUGCCGUCUGUGAUUUGGCACAAAUGGCUCAGUUACUGCGUGUCUUUGAUACACUUCCUGGUCACCAUGAACGAGUGGGAUGGAAACGGUUUUCGGACUACAUAGAUGCGUUAUAUAAGCUGAUAAAAUCACAUGCUGAGUUUACUUUGAAAAGAAAUGAGCAACGUGCACGAGAUGCUCAGCGUGCUGCUGUUUCGCGUCGUUCCACUAAUCCUGGCGGUCUUGAUAAGGCUCACGCUUACAAGACAAAGAUGUGCAAAGACAUCUCAGCACGGCGUCUUUGUCCGCGUGGAGCUCGAUGCACUUAUGCACACAGUGUCGAGGAGUUGCGAGAAGUAAGAAGAGAUUCCGCACAAGGCGGGAUUCCUAACCAGCCUCCGACCACUGCACCAUUCAUACCAAUGGCUCAGCGAGUUAUGGUAGCUGUUCCUCCGCCAACAUUUCCUCCUAAUGGAAGCUACCAUAAUGAGCACCCGCUCCCGCCUGUGCCACCUCCUCCAGCAGCCCCUGCACAUCCGGCCAUGGUCCCCAUAGUCCAGUUACCUGUAGUAAUGCCCUCUCCAACUCAUCAUCCAUUGCCAUCUGCUCCCGUGACUGCUGGGAAUCCUCAAAUGGUCAUGCUCCCACCGGGAAUGCCUCCAAGAGGUAUGGUCAUGAACAACCAUCACCGCCCUCCCCAGCCUACAACUGGGUUACACCCAGCAGCACCACCGCCGCCGCCUUCUCUUUGGAGCACUCAUCCUCCUCCACCACGAGGUGCAGUCCUCAUGCCUCCUCUGAAUUCACCGCCGAGUCACCCGCAGCCGCAGUUUUGGGUCCAUCCACCGCCAGCAUUGUAUGCGUUCGAUCCGUCAUCCGAUAAUGGUUAUGUCUGGUCUAGUACCCAAAGGCCUGAUUUGGGUUUGCCUCCUCCACCUUUGCCAUCUACUCGUGCAAACGAUCAAAUGCUUGAUACGGAGCAACUGAUGAUGAAAAGAAACGAAAUCAUAAAUCGCCUUGCCCCUCUUACGUUGUUGGACGAAGAUGAUUUCGAAGACGGUGGAGUUGGACAUGUUUCAUACACUGUAGCCUCAUCUGUACUUGAUGAGAGGGGAGAACUGCAUCCUGUGGCACUUGUCGUGGGUCCACCUGCGCUUGAAUUGCCGCCAAUCCCACCUGCCAGUCUGUCCACUGUGCCUUUGCCGUCUAGUGGCGCUGAAGGAACGAUUACUGUCAUUGGCGAUAUAACUAUGGCUGCCAAUCAGCGUACAAGAGCGCCGAGUCUUCCUCUCACACAAAUGCCUAGCGUCGUCACAGCUUGUCCAACCAGUAUUUUGUCGACUGAGGGUGCUCCGACGGCUACUGUACAAGCAGACUGCGCCACUAUGCAAGUGAAAGACGCGAUUAGCCAGCCUCUACCGACGCCAGCCAUUCAGAGGAGUCAAGUGGUAGCUCCUGUUCCCAUGUGUGCUGUGCCGGUGACAUUCGAUGCCGGAGUAAUGGGAGAAAGAAUAGGAACAGUCAUUAGGCCAGUCGCACUUGCUGAUCCACAAGACAUGGUGUCGAAUAGCUUGGAUAAGAUAGUUGAUGUCAAAGAAAGGCUCAAUGAGGCUGAAGGUGGAAAAUCUUCAACAGCGGUCAGUCAGCAACUACUUGUUGAACUGCGUAUCGCAGAAAGAGAGAUGGAAUUGCUUGAUCCUCGCACCCAGGCUUCAUGUUUGUUGCGAGAAUUGCGUCAAGUGGACAAGCAGAUUGAACAAAUCGAAGCAGCUCGACCUGUUGAAAAUUGCUAAGUGCGGCUUGUGGCAGACUCCUUUCUUUCCAGUUUCUCAAAUCUUCUUAUCGUUUCAUCUUUUCUACUCUCUAUUCUUCAUCUUUGAUCCGAGGAACUGGUGUUUGUGCAAUCCCAUCUAUCAUUUACUAACAGAACUGCAAGAUCAUUCUUGUUGGAUGCUUAUUGUAUAUUGCACAGUGAUUUGUAUCGCUCUUGGCCUUGUAGAUUGUGAGAAACAUGUUUUUUCGGCUAUUUAUUUAGUGGUGGUUUAGCUGUGAUUAUUUGAAUUAGGAACGCAUUCAUGUUUAAGCUGACGCUCUCAAGUCCUUUUCAUAGUUCUUCUACUUGUUUCUGCUGCACUUAUGCGAUCUUGAUUAUUGUCGAUUUCUAUUAAAAGCUUAUGAUAUGCAUAAAAUGGUGACUUGGCGAUGUUGCAGUUUGAGGGAGUAGGUUGAGG